AUGACAAUUGAUUUGGCGGUGAUAUUCAUUGGAAUUCAAAUUAUGGCAGCUCUGAAUAUUCUCAACGAUUACAUGAAACUGAUUGAUAAGAAAGCUAAGAAAAUUCCGAAUUAUCUUAAGCUAAUCAUCAUUCGCCACAAUGAUAUUAUUGACAAAGUGAAUUUGUUCAAUGGUGCCAUUCAGAAGACAGCAUUUGUUCAGAUCUUGACCAUUCUGUGUAUCUUUGGCGAACUUGUUAAGAUGAAAACCGAGCGACUUUCGGAGACUCUUUACCUCACAAAUUGGUACGAAUUGAGCGUGAAGGAUCAGAAGGCGUUUCUUCUCAUCCUCGCGAUGGCGCAGAAGGAUUUCGGACUGAAAGCAGCCGGAAUAUGGGGAAUGCGAUUCAUCGUCUUGUCCGCAACUGCUAUUUCAGUUGCAAUGACACCGAACAGCGACUUCGGGUUAUUUAUGAAAAUUCUUGGCCCAAAAACAGUUCCCGAAGAAGUAGAUUACUUAAUACAAAUAAUCAUGAUGGCAAUUAGUGCGAUUUCCGUUUGUACGAUUGAUUUGGCGGUGAUUUUCAUUGGCAUUCAAAUUAUGGCCGCUCUGAAUAUUCUCAACGAUUACAUGAAACUGAUCGAUAAGAAAGUCAAGGAAAUUCCGAAUUAUCUUAAGCUUAUCAUUAUUCGUCACAAUGAUAUUAUAAAGAAUAUUAAUUCGUUCAAGGAAUCCAUUGAGAAGACGGCGUUUGUUCAAGUCGCAAGCAGUAGUUUGCUUUUGAUCUUUAUAUUUCUCUUUGUGCGGAAAGAAAGCAAUCAAAUCACAGCAUAUGUAUUAUGCUUAACAGGAAUCAGUCAGAUUUUACUUCUGUGUAUCUUUGGUGAACUUCUGAAGAUUAAAACCGAGCGACUUUCGGCGACUCUUUACCUCACAAAUUGGUACGAAUUGAGCGUGAAGGAUCAGAAGAUGUUUCUUCUCGUCCUCGCGAUGGCGCAGAAGGAUUUCGGACUGAAAGCAGCCGGAAUGUACGACGUGAACUUGAAUGCUUUUCUUAAGAUCCUCAAAUUGGCGAUGUCGUACUGCGCUAUUUUGUAUUCUUUAAGCAACUGA